CAUUACGCGGUUUCAACGAGGCCAUGCAUCGACACUGUCAGAAUUAUUUUCACUGACAUCAAGACUACAGAAAAUAAUGGUUUAUUAUUGUUGACGCAUGCUUUUAGUUUUUUUUGUAACGCCUGAGAGUCGUAAGCUGAACUGCUAAGGCCUUAAAGAAGUUGCAGGAAUAAAAUAAUUGUGACUUGUGACACUUUUCCCGCAUGUUUAAACAAUACUGGAAGUAUGGCACCUUCAGAGAUCUGGAAGAAGUGACAGGAUUUGUCUAAGAUAUUGCCAUCAGAUUACGUUUAAUAUAGGCCUUUGAAACAUUCAAGGAAUUUCACAAUGUCAGAAUCGUAUGAUUUCUUGUUCAAGUUUUUGGUUAUUGGAAGUGCAGGAUCGGGAAAGUCUUGCCUGUUGCACCAGUUUAUUGAAAGCAAGUUUAAGGAUGACAGCAGUCAUACAAUCGGAGUUGAAUUUGGCUCAAAAAUAGUAAAUGUUGGAGGAAAAUCUGUAAAGCUUCAAAUUUGGGAUACUGCUGGGCAAGAAAGAUUUAGGUCAGUAACUCGCAGCUACUACAGGGGAGCAGCAGGUGCACUAUUGGUGUAUGAUAUUACCAACAGGGAAACUUUCAAUGCUCUUGCAAAUUGGUUAUCAGAUGCACGUACAUUGGCUAGCCCAAACAUCAUCAUUCUCUUAGUAGGCAACAAGAGGGAUCUGGAUGGUGACAGAGAAGUUACAUUCCUCGAGGCAAGCCGAUUUGCACAGGAAAAUGAGCUGAUGUUUCUAGAAACGAGUGCUAAAACAGGCGAAAAUGUAGAAGAAGCAUUUCUCAAAUGCUCCAAGACAAUCCUAGCUAAAAUUGAGACAGGUGAACUUGACCCAGAGAGGAUUGGAUCAGGAAUUCAAUAUGGAGAUACAACCACUCGCCGUUUACACAGGGAAAAUAAUCGGCGGCAGCCUGAUUGUAUUUGUCGCAUGUAGUAAUACCACUGGCCCACGAGUGAUGAAAUAUGCCCCAUAGAUAUUCACUGUUUUUAUUUAUCGUCAUACCUGAAAUAGCAGAAAGUUUCUCAUAUUAGACAUCAUAAACGGGCCAGUAACAAUGAUGUGUGUGUACUGUUAUGCGAUAAAACUAAAGAAGGUAAUUACUUCUUGGAAAGUAACUUUUUAGGAAUUAGUAAUCAUUUCAUAUAUUAUAUAAAACUUGGUGUUGUGAAUAUUUUCUAUUUGUUUUAUGUGAACACUGAAUGUUCCACAAGUCUUUGUCAUACAAUUUAUCAGUCUGUUUGGUAUGCUAAUUCUCACUGCACAAAUUUUUAAAUUGAAAUGAGCUCUGUAUCUGUUAUUUUAAGUAUAUUACUAAAGCAAUAUUCAGUUUUAUCAUGGAAUUUCCAUACAUUUACAUCAGUAUAUAAAAAUAGAAUUGAUUGCAUUUGCACAACAUAUUGUGUGAAAAUACAAAUUAAAUUUAUUAAUGUAAGUUUGAAUAAUGAUACAGUAUCUAAUAGCAGCACAAGACUUAGGUUUCUAAUUGGUAAGUUUAAUAUUCAGAGAUUGCAUUUAGAUGGAGACUUUGCCUUUAACCGUACAAGUGACUGUUUUAUCCCACAUCAUUAAGCCAUAGCUACAGUCAAAAGCUGUGCAUAUGUAAGUGGAUCAUUAUAUAUUUUACAUGAAAUGCUAAAAUUGGUUAUCAUAUUAUAGAAACUUGGUCUUUGCAGCAUCUUUAGUGACAUAUCCUCAGAUACUUAGUCUUCUUACUAUAUUUUUAUGUCAUAUAAUAGAAUAUAUUAUAUUCUUAUAAUAUUCUAAUGUAUUACAGUUACCUUCUUUAGAUUUAUAAUUACAAUCAAAAUAUGUUAAAAUAAACUGCAGUACUUUUUUAUUGUUGGCACUGAUUUCUAGAGUUGGUGUAAAUUUUUCUGUUAUGUAGCGUUUGGUAUUUUGUAGUAUAGAGGAAUCCGCCCAGGGUCAAUAUGACCAAGUUUAAACUUUGUAAAGAAUAUGAAAAAGUCAAAUAGAAAAAUCAUCUAUAAUUUUAUCUAUUUGGCAUUUACUGGUACUGGUGUGGAUGCCUUAUAAUAGGUCUGAUGAAACAUUUAUGUAAGAGGUUGUGAUCACUAAUUUGAGUACAAGAGGGCCAGAGGACUACUGAGGCAAGAGGUGUGUUCCAUGGUUUAAACACAUUUUCAGCUCCUAAAUGACAAUUUUUAUAUCCAGUUGACAUCUGUUCAUGAUAUCCUGACCUCCAUGCUGUUAGAAUGAGAGUAACCAGUUUUAACGUUUGGAAUGUAGAGGUUAAGGUAGUGUUGGAUGCAUUAUUCUUGGCAGUUCUUUGUAUGUAUACAGCUGGAUAUGGUGAAGCAAAUAAAAGGUCAGAUGUUGCAAAAUGUAUGAAAGCCUUUCCUUGUAAAUGGCUGUUUUGAAAACAGUCAUUUGGAUUUGAGAUCUCUACCAUGAAAGUCCUCCAUGCGCUAGAAUUGACAGUGGCUCUCAUUUUCAAAGGUAUGUGAGAAUACUUUAAAAAAUACUUAUGAUAGAGCUUUGUUUCAAAGGGUCCUAAAGAUUAUGAUAUGCUGUACACGAGGGUUUGCUUGCCCUGAAAACGGAAGGCAGUGGACCACAAUCUGAUGUAGAGUUGAAAUGUGCAAUGGUAUGAAAGUAACACAUUUUAAAAGUAUUAUAACUAUUAUUAAUUUCAUCAGGAUCAGCAGGAUGUGGGCUGAUCGCUGAGUAACCAAUUGGGAAAUGCUGAUUUUAAUGUUGCAAAAUAACCUUUGUAUACAUCUUAGUAUAUUAAAACUUCUUACACUGUGCAACAUUUAAUGGUCAUAAGGAGUCAACCUGUAUUAUGUCAAGCCCACUGGUGUUCAUCUAUCAAAUCAAUAUAUGUAUUUAUUACUGUACAUGACUAAAACUGUAGGGUUAGCUGACAACUGUUGUGAAGCAUACAUAACAAGCAAGUCUCAUAGUGCAGCAGCAGUAUCUGUAUUCUGCAAUGAGAAAGGUUAUCUUUUUCAGAGAAUUUGACUAUCUGAAAAUUAAUGCACAACUUUAGCAAUAUAUGGGAUUUUAUCUUUGUAGAAAAUACAAAAUUCCAUUGCACUUUUGGGCUUCAGUGCAUAAAUUAUACAACAUUAAAAAUAUCUCUCUAGAAAAAUAAUUAUGAAUGUAUUAAUUAAAUCAGACAUUCUAAAAUGUUUGUUGGUAUUCUGGGUUGUAACACCAUGUGCCCAGAAGACUAGCAUCAACAGUCAUUGCUAUGAGAAUCUCAAAUCUCACAGAACAUUGUAAGACCCUCAUAAAUGUUAAAUUCAGUGCUUGAGAAACUUGGAAGACAAAAUAGGUACGCAGUAUUCCCAUCAUAAGUCACCAUCAUGAUGAUUCAGAAAUCUCCAAAGGUUAUUUUCAUACUGCAGUAAUUACUUUGCAUCAUUUACUUAGCCUAUGCAUGUGUAAAUGGCUUUGAAGGCAAGUGAAUCUCACAUAAAUGCACACCGAGAAUAAACAAAAUAUGUAACACACUUGUUUAAAUAUGACUGAGAGCUGUCUGCGUAACUUGUAAUUUGAACAUGAUACUGAGUUUUGAGAACGUCAAGUGAAUUUGAUAUACUAUUGCUUAGCACUAGGUUACUGAAAAUGGACAAUAACAUGCUUUUAACUACCUGUGAAUGACUGAAGAGACUUCUUUGAAUUUGUGAAUGACAUGCUUGUUUUAAUCACCAACAAACAAUAUUGUUUAUGUUGACAAAUAAUAGCUCAAUUUGACAUUAAUAAAGCUAUAAAUGUAUUAUAUAAAUGUACAUGCUGUCUGCCUCCAGGCAUGUGUUACACCCCAUGUUAUAGUGAAUGUUGUUUCCAGUUAGACAUUUAGUGCAAUACAGGUACUUUCUUUCCUUGAAAACAUGAGAUUUCUCACUCAAAAUGUCAGUAGCUGCAUAUGUAUUGUCAUUAUGUAAUAUACUGAUGAGAAUGUGUAAAUAUAAUCAUUCUAAAACUUCAACUGAUACAAUAAUAAAGCUUUACAUGUAAGCAAUAAAAAGUAUUUGAAAAUUAUAA